GAAAACCUUUUUGUCUCAUGACGUCAGCAGCUUGACAGCUCAGUCGGACUCGGACAGUUGUUCUGUUCAAUAUUUGUUUCUUCUGGAUUAACAGAGCAUUUUUAACAUAAUGAGCUGAGGGUGCGUUUGUCAUUUUCUGUAAACUCCAUACUACAUGUUACAGCAUGUCGUUCUUCGUAGAUUCAGUGAUUAUGUUCACUUCUCAGGUGCUGUUUUUUGGGUUUGGGUGGCUGUUUUUCAUGAGGCAGUUGUUUAAAGAUUAUGAGGUUCGACAGUAUGUUGUGCAGGUGGUUUUUUCCAUCACGUUUGCCUUUUCUUGCACUAUGUUUGAGCUCAUUAUCUUUGAGAUCCUCGGUGUGUUAAGCAGCACGUCCAGAUAUUUCCACUGGAAGUUGAAUUUGUAUGUAAUAUUACUGGUUCUAAUAUUUGUGGUGCCUUUCUACAUUGGCUACUUUGUGGUCAGUAAUAUACGAUUAUUGCAGAAACAAAGGUUGCUUUUUUCAUGUGUGGUCUGGUUCACAUUCAUGUAUUUCUUCUGGAAACUAGGCGAUCCUUUCCCUAUACUUAGUCCAAAACAUGGCAUUCUGUCCAUAGAGCAGCUGAUCAGUCGUGUGGGGGUCAUUGGGGUCACACUGAUGGCUCUUCUGUCUGGCUUUGGUGCUGUGAACUGCCCUUAUACAUACAUGUCAUAUUUCCUGAGAAAUGUGACAGACAGUGAUAUCCUGGCCCUGGAAAGAAGGCUUCUUCAGACUAUGGACAUGAUUGUCAGUAAAAAGAAAAGGAUUGCCAUGACAAGAAGGCAGAUGUACCAGCGUGGAGAGGAGCAGAAUAAACAGACGGGAUUCUGGGGGAUGAUCAAGAGUGUGACCUCCUCACCAUCAGGCAGUGAGAAUCUUUCUCUGAUCCAGCAGGAAGUGGAUGCUCUGGAGGAGCUCAGUAGACAGCUUUUCCUGGAGACCGUGGACCUGCAAGCCACCAAGGAACGGAUAGAAUACUCAAAAACAUUUCAGGGGAAAUACUUCAACUUCUUAGGGUAUUUCUUCUCCAUCUACUGUGUGUGGAAAAUAUUCAUGGCCACGAUAAACAUAGUGUUUGACCGUGUGGGGAAGACUGACCCAGUGACGAGAGGAAUCGAGAUCACAGUCAACUAUCUCGGCAUUCAGUUUGAUGUCAAGUUCUGGUCUCAGCACAUUUCCUUUAUCCUGGUGGGAAUCAUCAUAGUCACGUCCAUACGAGGCCUUUUAAUCACACUCACCAAGUUUUUCUGUGCCAUCUCCAGCAGCAAGUCCUCCAAUGUCAUUGUGCUCGUCCUGGCUCAGAUCAUGGGCAUGUAUUUUGUGUCGUCUGUGCUCCUGAUGCGGAUGAGCAUGCCUUUAGAGUACCGCACCAUAGUGACGGAGGUACUGGGAGAACUGCAGUUUAACUUCUACCACCGCUGGUUUGACGUGAUCUUCCUGGUCAGUGCUCUCUCCAGCAUCCUCUUCCUCUACCUGGCCCAUAAACAGGCACCUGAGAAGCACAUGACCCCGUGACCUCAUAAGUGACCUCAUCAGAGAGAGACACAUAGGACUAAAGUGUCUCUUUCUUUUGCCUCUCCAUUUACGCCUCUGCCCCAUAAUGAGCAUUAUUGGGUCUGUAUUUCCUGAAUCAGGAGGGGCCCAGAAACAGUGUUUAUUUGACUUUGGGUUAAAAAAAAAAUGCUGAUUUGCUGUAUCAUUUAAAUACUCAUAUUAAUAGAGGGGACAAAAUGGUAUACAAUGUGGGUGUAAUUUUUUUUCCCUCCAUACCAUGUGUUAUUAUGUUUACCACGGUAGGUGAACAAACUAAAUGCUCUCACUAGUUUGUUUACCAUGAAAUCAGUUACAUCUUGUCUUGGGCCACCUUUUAUCAUUUUUUCAUUAAUAGACAUCAGAUCUAUAUCUCAGCAACACCCAGUGAUGUUACAGUGGACUGUUGGACUCUUGUUUUUCUUUCAGACUGGUUAAUCGUUACUAUCAUUCCAUGUCUAAGAACUGUAAUGAUUCACAAGUGGAAAUUGUAUUGAGUGAGAGUCAUAAUCUUCUGCUGAAAUCACAUCAACUAGAAAGGGGUUGAGAAUAUAUGUAAAUUUGGCUUUAAAUAUUUUGUUUUUUCGGUGUUAGACAGAUGGGUGCCGUUGAUCUACUGAAAAGGCAAUGUCUACGUGCCAGAGAUGUAACUGUCUUGGAUUUCUGUUCAUAUACAGGAAGCUCAGAUUUCCAUUAAAAGGCUUCUUCAAACAUU